AUGGAUAUAUCUCAAAUCUCCAAGCAGCUUUUGCCAGCGCCCAAGAGAUUCCCGGAUUGCUGCUUGGCCAUCUCCAGCACUUUGAUCACCUACCUUGCUUCGCUCCUCCCAAAAAAGUCCGCAUUCACCAUUUCAAUCGGCAGCGGAUCUGGUCUCCUCGAAGGUCUGAUUGUACAUUGCGACAAAAAUGUGUCGGUGGAGGGUGUUGAGGUGGAUUCGACUAUUAAUCGGUAUAUCGCCGAAGAAGAUAUGAAUAUCGUUGGCGGAGGUUGGGGCCUUUGGUCUGCCGCCCAACAGGCUGCAGCGUGGAUGUUUGUCUACCCACGCGAUCCAAAACUCAUCACGAAAUACAUUGAUACCUAUGGUAAUCAAAAUGUUGAGUUUAUUGUCUGGCUCGGGCCUCGGGUCGACUGGCCGGACUAUGAGCCGCGUUUCUGUCAAUCUCCGUUCUCCGAGUUGAGUUUUCCAGAUCAUAUCGGACUAACACCAUAUGAGACUGUGGUUGUUGCUAGAAGACCAUAUCAGGCUGCGGAGCUUCGAGAUCCGAAGGACAAGCAGGAGAAGUUUGUCUUAUUCGACGGAGCUGAGAAAAAGAGGCGUUGGGAAGGUAUUCAGGACGAGUUCCUGUUCCACGAGAUCGACAAGGACGAAUACAAAAGCGGCGGUAGCGAGCUCAAUCUAGAAAUCUAUGAACCCCUUUGCCCAAGCAAUCGCAUGUCCAACCUUGACGAUGAGGCUAAAGAUGUCUGCCUCAACAGAUUCCACCAGAAAUUAGGCGAUAUCUUGGGAUUCUUAGCGAGAAAUGCAAAGGAAACCGUCUUGGAAGAGUCAGACUCAGAAGAAGCGUGGGUCUAUCGUGAGUUCAUGCAGCCGAGGAAUUGA